GGGGAGAGGGGGCGUUUCUGCCUGUUAAACCUCCCCUCCCCUAGUCCCCCCCCCCCCUUUUUUUAGGGAAGCCGGUCAUCCCGUUAAACGCGGAGGUCCUGCCGCUCUGAGGGAGCCCGGCCUGUGAGGACCAGACGGUCCCAACUCCUGCCUCUGCUGUCAGAAGCAGCAGCCACAGCCGUGGGGCCAGAACAAUUUAGGGAGCUGUGCCCCUUCCCCCAUGUAAAACAGGGAGACUCGGACUGUGUUCGCUAAGAUUUGCUUUAUCCCUCACUUCGUGUGAGCCCGCCGUUAACUUCCAACUUGAAGAGCUGCAGCAUCAAGGUUACUGACUUUCCAUGAUGUUUGGUGGUUAUGAGACCAUAGAAGCGUAUGAGGAUGACCUUUAUCGUGAAGAGUCAUCUAGUGAACUGAGUGUUGAUAGUGAGGUGGAAUUUCAGCUCUACAGCCAAGUUCAUUAUGCCCAAGAUCUUGAAAAUAUCAUUAGAGAGGAAGAACAUGAAGAGAAGAACUCUGGGAAUUCUGAAUCACCCAGUAGUAAACCAAAUCAGAAGAACUUAAUUAUCCUUUCAGAUAGUGAGGUCAUCCAGCUCUCAGAUGGGUCAGAGGUAAUCACUUUGUCUGAUGAAGAUAGUAUUUACAGAUGCAAAAGAAAGAAUUUUAGAGUCCAAGCAAAAGAAAAGACCCAAAGUCCUCCUGCAUCUCUUCAUUCUAAUAAGUUGAGUGAUAAGAAAUGCAAGAGGAAUAUUGAGCAGCCUAAACCUGAAGAGAUGCCAGGUACAAUCCGAGAGGUCAUGAUUAUAGAGGUCAGUUCAAGUGAAGAGGAAGAGAGCACCAUUUCAGAAAGUGAUAAUGUGGAAAACUGGAUGCUGCUGGGAUGUGAAGUUGAUGAUAAAGAUGAUGAUAUCCUUCUCAAUCUUGUGGGAUGUGAAAACUCUGUAAAUGAAGGAGAAGAUGGUGUAAGUUGGUUCAUCAGUGACAAAGAUGCAGAGGCUCAGAUAGUUAAUAAUAGAUCGUCUGGAAGAUGGACCCACCGAUACUACUCAGCCAACAAAAAUGUUACUUGUAGAAAUUGUGACAAAUGUGGCCAUUUAUCGAAAAACUGCCCCCUUCCACAAAAAGUCCGCCCCUGCUGUCUCUGCUCUGAGAGAGGACACCUCCAGUAUGCCUGCCCAGCCCGCUUUUGCUUAGGCUGUUCUUUGCCUAUGUCUUCCACUCACAGAUGUCUUGAAAGAUCAUCCUGGAGAAAGCGAUGUGACCGAUGUGAUAUGAUAGGCCAUUAUGCUGAUGCUUGCCCAGAAAUCUGGAGGCAGUAUCACCUAACGACCAAACCUGGACCACCCAAAAAGCCGAAGACCCCUUCUGGACAAUCAGCCUUAGUGUAUUGCUACAACUGUGGGCAAGAAGGCCAUUAUGGACACGAAUGUACAGAAAGACGAAUGUUUAACCAGACGUUUCCAACAUCUCCAUUCAUCUUCUACUAUGAUGACAAAUAUGAAAUUCGAGAGAGAGAACAGAGAAUAAAACGAAAAGUGAAAGAACUCCAGAAGAAUGGAGAUUUCCCAAGGCAAUUCAAGAGACCUCACAUGGAAGCAGCAGAUAAGAGGCCCCACCAACACAAAAGGAAGAGCCAUGCCUCAUGUAGAAACAACAGGUGGCCUCAAGAAAAGAAAGAAACCCAAAAAGAAAUGAGCAGGAGCAAUAAAGAACGAGAGAAACACAGGAAGGCUGACAGGUGUCAUGAUUUGGAUGAGGACUUCCCCAGAGGCCCAAAACUCCACUCUUCUUCUGGCACUUUCAGAACCCAGAAGGCUCCUAAGUCCUUCCACCACUCAUCGCAUUCUCACAAGCCAAGAGAAGACAAGCUGCCCAGAGAGGGCAAACGGAGCAAGCAUAAGAAAAAGAGCCACUUGGAGGGUGAUGGCAAUGAUAAUUUGUUUCUCAUUAAGCAGAGGAAAAAAAAAUCCAAGUUGUGAGACAGCUUCUGAUCCAGCUUUCCAGUGUUUGGUCUUCAUGCCUAUAACAUCCCAGCAAAAUCUUUAUUAUCUGUGAUUAAAUAAAGUGCAUUUUUGGUUUUGUUUGUAAUCUCAGCCGUGCCUGGAACUGCUGAACAAAGACUGUGGAGAUCUCCAUUCUCUGUGUCCAACAGAUUAUUAAAUGUAGGAGGGGGGAAAAACACACAGAUAUACUCAGACUUCCCCUGCUCCUAUACGUCAUUUUUACUCAGAAUCCUAGGGAUAAGAAGAAAUAAUCUUUUCAAGAAAAAUUUUUUAAAUACUCUAAUAAAGUAAAAGCUCAUCAAAUGUAA